GGGUUGAGAUUGUAAAGCGAGGACAGUCUAAACCCUUUCGUGAGGUAGGUAAGAAGAUUAUGGAUGAAUCUAUGAAGAUGAAUAAUUCACGUACCUUACAUCAGAUUGUGAAGGACGUACUCAAAGAGAUCAUAAAUGAUAUUUUACAGAUAGACCUUACUGGGAUGGAUAGACAUACUCGUGAAGAAGCAGAUGCAAAACAGCUCAUAAAAAAGGGCCUAACAUCCAAGCCUUAUCUUUAUGAAAUCACAGAACUAGGCGAACACUUUGAGUAUAUUAUAGUUGAGAAUGAUUCAUCACAGAGGAUAGGCGAUAAAAUGGAGUAUCCAGAGUUUCCAGCCAUCAUCUAA